CCCACAUCCUGCCACUGAACUUUAGGCAAGAUCACUCUGCAUCCUCUUUAUUCUUAAAGAAAACCGGGGGCAGUAGAGGCUUCAUUAAGGGAACUGCGAGGGAGGUGAAAGGAUAAAGCUGGUGGAAAACUACAGGCCGGUGUCAAUGCUAGAGGUCUGGAGAGAUGGUUCGAUGUCCUAGGGCCAGAAACCUGCACAUUGUACCUCAGGGACUACCAGCAUCUUAAUGCCUCCUGCUCAGUCCACCUGGCUCUAGAUGGCGAGAUUAUGGGGCUUUGGCUAUCAUAAUGGCAGGAAUUGCCUUUGGAUUCCACCAGCUCUACAAGAAAUACCUGCUUCCUCUCAUCAUGGGAGGCAAAGAAGACAGGAAACAACUUCAGAGGAUUGAGUCAAACAUUUCUGAGAUGAGUGGCAGCGUGACACAGACAGUCACUCAGUUACAGACAACUUUAGCAGCUGUCCAGGAGCUGCUAAUCCAGCAGCAACAGAAAAUCCAGGAGCUCACCCAAGAACUGGCUGCUUCUAAGGCCACAACUUCCACCAACUGGAUUCUGGAGUCACAGAAUAUCAAUGAAUUGAAGUCUGAGAUCUACUCGUUGAAAGGACUCCUCCUGAACCGGAGGCAGUUCCCUCCCUCCCCAUCAGCUCCUAAGAUCCCGUCCUGGCAGAUCCCAGUGAAGGCCAGCUCACCCUCCAACCCUGUUGUUGCCAACCAUAACAGCAGCAGUGACAUCUCACCUGUCAGCAACGAGUCCACCACCUCAUCCCCAGUCAAGGAGAACCACAGCCCCGAGGGUUCCAAGGUCAGCUGCCAUCUGCUGAGCACGGAGGAGGGCAACAAGGCCGUGAUUGAUGUCAAGAGCCAAGUGAGGAUGGAGGUGCAGGGUGAGGAGGAGAAAAGGGAAACCAAAAGGAAUGAAGAGGAGGAAGAGGACGAUGAGGAUGAUGAUGUUAGCCACGUGGAUGAGGAGGAAUGUCUGGGUGUCCAGACUGAGGACCGGCGAGGAGGGGAUGGUCAGAUUAAUGAGCAAGUGGAAAAGCUACGAAGACCAGAGGGGGCCAGCAAUGAGAAUGAGAUUGACUAAGGCACCCUGGCUGCUGCUGCUGCUGCUGUCCAUCUUCCCCAGCCUCCUGCACUGUCCCCGCUGCCUCUCCCAUGUUGUGGAGAGAAGUGCCAGCAUCCCGCCCAGUGAUUCUCCCGUGAUUGACCUUGAGCAGGGUCAUGAUUGCCCGGUGAAGAAGGUGGGCUCUGUUUCACCACAGGGCUUUGCAGUGUUGCAGUGGCUUCUUCUCCCCUUCCCAGACCCAUCUUCUCCCCGUGAGCUGGGGUCACUGCCUAGGCUGGAAGACCAAGCGCCUUACCGUGCACCACAGCUACAGAACAGGUCCUCUUACAACAGCACCAUCCCUCCUGAGUCAGUCAGCUCUCUGCUGCAUCCUAGAGCCCUUCUGCCCAAUCUGAGAAACCAAUCUGUCCUGAGCUCUUUGAUUUCACAAGCCUUUAAUCCCCACUUAAGGCCCAAACCAGUUCUCUGUUUCCCAAAAUAAACCUGUUUUGGUUCUCAAACCACUUGAUACGCUGUUGCCAAAAAAAGAGAACGUUUUAACCCUUGGUCCCUCACCAGAUCUCAGUCUUGGCUCUUCCAAGCCUUAUGUCAAGCCUCAAAUCCCUGAAACUACCUAGCAUUGAAAAACACUAAAUUUCAGUGGGAUCCAAAGAACACAUUUCCACCCCACAUGCUGACACUCAUCAAAGUGGCCUCUUGCUAGGGACCAAGUGCAGGUUUCAUGGCCACAGUGACAUCCAUGGGAACGGGUGGCUUUGUUACUGAUUGCUCCCCAGUAAAAGAAGGCUUCAAAAGAAGUUAGCUCCACUCACUCAUCCCAGUUAUUACCCUUCCUCCUCCAAAGACAAGGAGCUCACAUCAGUUUUUGACACAUUACCUUCUAUUUACAGCUACCCUGAAUGAAUGAAUGAAUGAGGUGAUAUCAGAUGCUGAAACAGUUGAUUAAUUCUGAAUCUUUGCAAUGGUUUUUAGCCUGUUUUUCUCCCUAAAUGAGGAGAAAACCCACCUUGAAUGAUCAGCUGAGACCUGUACCUACUACAGAAGACUGAACAGUUCUGGCUCUGAGGUUAACCACUGGCCCUUCUUGCCCAAUCCAGCCUCUUUUUGCCCCACUGGGGCAAAUGAAACCAGUGAAUUUUGAGACCUCUCAUUUGCAGCAUUGUGUUCUCAGCUGGUAAAACGGUGGUGUCCAAUUAUAUUAUUCACUGCAUCAGAGCCUCUUAGCAGAGCAAUUCUUGUAACAACUGAGUCUCACUGUCCUCACCAAGCAAGUGUGCUCGUCUGUGUGAUCAUGUAUAGAUUCCAACUAUAAAAUACGAUUGUAUAUAAUUGUAAUAAAUAUGAGUUACCACUAUUUAACACCAGGCUA